AUGCCUUCGGUGACGUACCAUGUUACAUUUCCUUGGAUCUUCUUUCCUGUAACACGAUCUCUGACUGUGACGUCGGUAGAAAAUUUACCAUCGAUCGGCGUUCAUCUGCCAUUUUCACAGGUUCGCCGUGAUAUCGAAAUUAUAUCAGCGCCUGUAUUCAGCUGGAAGCGCAAGGAACAUCCAUUGAUACGACGUCGAGAU